UGUCCUGCAGCUUGAUGUUCAGGUCUCAGGGUUAGAUUUCGUGAUGUGAAGAACGCAGCAGUGUUGAAAUGAAGUUCUACUCCAAGCAGCUAAUGGACUGAAGGCAGAGGAGGUGUAGAGGAGGCAUAGCGGAGGUGUAGAAGAGGCAUAGCGGAGGUGUAAAGGAGGUGCACACCGAGGGAUGGAGGUGGUGGAGCUGAGGGAGGUUCUGGGAGUCGAAACCCUGCGUGGACGUGACACAGAAACUCCGGAGCCUUUGUCCAACGUGGUGCGAGUGUUCAUCAGCUCAGCAGUCUCAGAUUUUAACACUGAACGAAAUGCCUUCUGGGAAAAAGUCUACCCUGAUCUCCAGAGCUCCUGUCAGAGUCUCGGUCUGGUCUUUGAGGCUGUGGAUCUCCGGUGGGGUUUGUGGAAUUCCAUCACUGUUGAUCACCAAACAACGGAGCUGUGCCUUCAGGAGAUACAGUCAUGUCAGAAAGUGUCACCAGGACUUAGUUUUAUUGCUUUGAUUGGCAGUCAGUACGGACCCCGCCCCCUGCCACGCCUCAUACCCGAGACUGAGUUUCAGUUACUGCUCUCUAAACUUUCUCAAGACCAAGAAGGCUUGAAUGUAUUGAAGAAAUGGUUCUUCAAAGAUGAUAAUGUGGUUCCUCCUCAAUAUGUCCUUCAGCCAAUCACCACACACUUUCCUUAUUACAACAAUACUGCACCUGAGGCUGGAGCACAGCACGACGCUGAUGUUUUGUCUUGGAAUCUUACUGAAGCUCGGUUACUGCAGCUGUUAUGCAAUGCGGCACUGCGAGCCCAGAAGGAUGGAGACUUCAGCGCAGAGCAGAAGCACAAGUACUUCAAGUCAAUGACAGAAUGGGAGAUGGAGCAGAGUUUUCUCUCGACUCCAGAGCAAAGCAAGACUUCUCCGAUCAUCUUUAUCAGAGAACUUCCUCAUUUGAAGAAAGGUGAAAGCCAUAAGCAUGCUAAGUUCUUGGAUGUCACAGCUGAUGGUCUAUUAGACACUGAAGCACAGGAACUAUUGAGCAAUCUGAAACAGCGCAUCUCCAGUGUGUUUUCAGAUCUUCUCACCUUCGAGCUGAGUAAAAAUGCUCUGGAUGUGAACCGUAAGGAGCACAAGGAGUAUCUGGAAAAAUUCUGUGAGCAGAUUGUAUGUCGCAUAAAGGACAGGAUCACCAAGCAAAGUUCUCCACCAACAAGUCCAGAGUGGCUGUGGAUUCAACAGGAGCUUUUUCAUCAUGCAAAGCUGAGUAAAGAGAAGUAUGGCACUUUUAAUGGAAGAGAUGGUCUACUGGCAAAGAUCUCAAUCUCGAUGUGGGAGUCGACAAACAUACAGCACGCACCACUCGUAGUCUACGGACCUCCAGAAGUUGGUAAGACCUCUCUGCUGUGUAAACUGGCCCGAGAGAUGCAGACUGUUCUAGAUCCACAAGCCGUAGUUGUUCUCCGGAUGCUUGGAACAUCUCCCAACAGCUCAGAUGUAGACUCUGUCCUAAAGGGGAUUUGUUUACAGGUUUGUGGAGCUAUGGGACUGGCAAAUCCCAGCCCACAGACUGCAAACACACACGAGAAACUGGUGAGGUUCUUCCAUGCCUUGCUACAGAAAGUGUCUGAAAAUGGAGAAUCAUUAGUUCUCAUCCUGGACUCCUUGGACGACCUCUCACGGGCCAACAAUGCUCAUAAACUGCUCUGGAUACCUAAAGAACUUCCUCCUAAUGUACAUUUGGUAGUGUCUGCACUACAUGGAGGUACUCCUUUCAAAAGACUGAAAGCUCUAAUUAGUGAUGAUCAGAGCUUCUACAGAGUAGAACCUCUGGAUUGUGAUCAAGAGCAGGACAUCAUUAAUGCCUAUCUGAAUGCUGCUGGGAGAAGACUCACGUAUGAGCAAAGAGAUGCGAUCACUGACAGCUUCCAGAAGAGUGGAAGCCUUUUGCAUCUGAAGCUAAUGGUGGACAUGGCAAAGCAGUGGUCAUCCUACACCUCUGUGUCUGAGCUUCACCUUGGCAGCUCGGUGCAGGAGACGAUCUCAUUGUUUCUCCAGACGCUGGAAAAAAAACAUGGCGAGAAGCUCGUCUGCCACACGCUGGGUUACAUCACCUUAGCAAGACGUGGAUUAUCGGAGGCAGAAGUACGUGAUAUCUUGUCUGUAGAUAAUGAUGUCCUGGCUGAGGUCUACCAGAGCAGACUUCCUCCGAGCCCUACACUCAUACGCUUUCCUCCUCUUCUUUGGUCACGUCUCAGACACGACCUCAAAGAUCACCUGCUGGAGCGUCAGGAAAAUGGCAUUAUAGUGUUAACAUUCUCCCAAAGGCAGUUUACAGACAUUGUGAAGGCAAAGUAUCUGUCCGUGGAGCGGCGAGUUCAAAUGCACAGCAUUCUGAGUGAAUACUUCUCAGGUCAGUGGAGCCAAGGCCAGCUCAAACCCAUACUCCUGUCAUCACUGAACACGCAGCUGAAUGCUGACAGAAAGGUCCCUCAUCAGCCCCUAUGGUUUACUGAAGGAGUCGCCAACCUCAGGAAGCUUCAGGAACUUCCGUAUCAUCUCCUACAUUCUGGGAAAUGGGAGGAACUGCGUCACUCACUGCUAGGAAAUUUGGACUGGUUGUACUGUAAGACCCUCAGCUGUGGUGUAACCAGUGUCAUUCAGGACCUUUCACUUUGUGCUGACAUCACUGACUGUCCUGAGGUCCAGCUGAUCAGAGACUGCUUUCUCCUGCUGAAGCCUACUCUAGACUUCAUUGAUGGACACACAGACUCACCCCUUCUGGUCACUGAGAUCAUGGCCAGACUUCAGGCUCUGGCACCGGUGUACCCGUCACUGAUUGGGCCCUUGUGCUCGCAGUGUGACCGCUGGUUUGCUUCCUGUGCCGACCCUGUGCUGGUGCCCAGGAGUAACUUCUUACCAUCUCCUGGAGGGCCUCUGAUAAACACCAUCAGUGCUUCUGCAAAAGGCAUUACUGCAGUAGAUCUUUAUUUGGAGAAAGGGUUACUCCUGGCAGGGUCAGUGGAUGGAGAGUUGAUGGCAUGGGACCUAAAGUGUCUUGAGCUGCUUCAUAUUUUUGAGGGACACACAGGUGCAGUGCAGACGGUGAAGUUUAUAAAUAAAGGUGACCACUGCUUAUCUACUGGACUCGAUGGCUCUAUUAGGAAAUGGAAUCUUCUCACGGGAAAACAGCUCUACUGCAUUCCUGCUGUGGUCUCGCUACAACCCUGGCCUACUGAGCAGAUCCUGGUGCUGGAGCCUAAAGCGAUGGUCCUGUCCAACACAGGAGGACAAGUCAAGUCAUGGAGCUUGGACACUGGAGAGCUUCUUUAUGAAGUUGAUGUGAAAGGAGAAUGUUCUCUACUCAGUACACUGGGGGAGGAAGUGGCAGUCAUGUCCAGUGAAGGCCAAAUCUGGAUCUUUGAUUCAGACACUGGACUUGAAACAUCCUCCUAUAAGCUCAGCUGUUCUCAGGGUUUCACAGUAUGCAGUGUGCUUUCACUCCACCGACAUGGAAAACUCCUCAUCACAUCUCAGGAGUGUUCACUCAACAUGGUCUCUGCCAGUGGUUCGCUCUCUGAGGUUGACCUUCCAGCACCUGCUUCAUUCAUGUGCACCUCAGAAGAUGAAAACGUCCUCUUUGCAGGCUGUGAGAGAACACUGGCUGUGCUUCACCUAAAUCCAGACUCUGUCCACAAAUCCCAGGAGCUCCAGCAUGAAGCCACGGUUUUAUCUGCAGUUUCUUACAGCCAAGGAAGCAAAGUCCUUACUGGAUGUCAGGAUCAAAUCAUACGGGUUUGGGGUUUAGUCACUGGACACCUCCUCGACUCCUUCAGUGGUAUGGGAUCUCCUGUUACCUCUGUCUCCAUGUGCAACACUACGAUCAUCUCAGCCUCAACCAGGUCUGGUCACCUCAAACUGUGGCAGCUCGACUACAAUCCUAAACACAAGAACCAGGCCUGUGUUCCUGCUAACUGCCCCAGGGUGGUGAUCUCCAGAGACGGCAACACGGUACAUUUCAUCAGAGAAGAGGACCGAGCCAAGGUGUUCUCAUGGAACUGCUCUGAAGAACACACACAUGUCGAACUGACACAACUUACCUGCUCCUCAGGUAUGUCCUCCGAUACAAUGGACGUGUGCUCAGAGGUGUGUUGUAUGGAACUGGCACAACAGAAGCAGCUUCUCUUCUGUGGCCUCUGCACUGGUACUGUACUCAUCUACCCUCUAGCCUUCCCCCAAGAGACCCUGUGUCUUCCUCCUCCGGAGAGCCUGCCCACCGUACGCAGCAUGGCCAUCAGUCCCAGGGAAGAUAAGAUUGCUGUGGCCUACGAGGAAACCGUGAGCUUGUUCGAAAUUACAGCAAGAGACAGCUUCCCCUGCGUGGAGGGCCCGAUCCAUAACUAUUCGCUCUCCCUGCUUCACUCGUCAGUAUCGGCCAUGGCUCUGCUGCCCGACUGUAGACUCCUGUACGGCACUUUCGGAGGGGAGGUGGCGAUCUAUGACUUCAAGAGUGCCACAGCCAUGGAGGUGGAUCAUCACGGAGCUGCUAUCACCUGCAUUGCACUGAGUAACUGGGAUAAACACGCGCUGGUGGGAUCUGAGGACUGCGUCCAGAAGCUCUGGAAUUUGAGUCCUGUGCUUCUGGACCAUACUAUGGAGUAUAAGGGUUUCUACUUUGAAGGCAUUCUGUGUGCGGCGUUCUCUGUAAACGAUAAGUACGUGUUCACCGGCUCUCGAGACAAAACCGUUAAAGUCUGGGACGUGGCUACAGGAUCCCUUUUAUACAUCCAGUACGUUUAUGCUGCAGUUAUCAAGAUUACACCCUACAAGGAUGGGUUUGUAGCCAUUUCACAGCACGGCGCUUACAUCAAGGAGGGCUUCCACUGUCCAAACGCACCGACUCCGGACUACAACCCUCUCCGCAACUUCAGAGCUCACUAUCGCGUUACUUCACGUGAGAAGAGUCUCGACGCUCCUCAUUCUGUCAUUACAGGAUUACACAGUUACAAUCCGGCUCAGUUUAACUUCAUGGGCGUUCUCAAGACCAAACAGUCCAGCACGUGUGUCCUUCUGUGAGAAAGCA